AUGAGAAGUCCUGUGUGCUGGAUCCUGCUGGCCCUUGGAGCUGUCUGUGUUGGCGCCAUGACCUUGGAGAUCCCCAUGAAUAUGCUGGUGAGAGAGACCUUGUCCUUGCUCUCCACACAUCAGAUGCUGCUGACAGGCAACGAGACCCUAAUGAUUCCUGUUCCUGCCCAUAAAAAUCAUCACCUGUGCAUCGAGGAAACCUUCCAGGCCAUCGACACGCUGAAGAAUCAGACUGUGCAGGGCGAGGCCGUGGACAAACUAUUCCAAAACUUGCAUCAAAUAAAAAAAAUCAUCGACCAACAAAAAAAGAAGUGUGGCGAAGAGAGACGGCGGGUGAAGCAAUUCCUAGACCACCUGCGGGAGUUUCUUGGCGUGAUAAACACGGAAUGGAUGACAGAAAGUUGAGAUUACACUGGCUUAGUAUAGCCAAAGCUUUUGGAGGGGCAGAAGGGCAUUUUGUUGUAACAAGAGCCAGUCAAGGGUGGGGCCUUACUUCUCAGUGUCAUUAAGCUUCAUAGGCAAAUUGAAUGUUUUCAACACAGUGCUACCCUGUCAAAAAAAAGCAGGAAGCAUGCUCUGAGAUAGAUAGUGGCAUUUUUGUGGAAAAUAAG